AUGACUACACACACUCACUCAAGAAGAGAAAAACAAACAAAUGUGGCUCCACUGGUAGGACAAAAACACAUAAUCCACUGCUACAUUCAAGGUGAGAGGGUUCAAGCUUUGUGGGACUCUGGUUCUCAAGUGACAAUAAUUGAUGAACAGUGGAAAUAUGAACAUUUACAGGACACAAGACUGAGAGACAUUUCUGAAAUUUUGGAGAGUGCAGAGACACUAGACAUAGUGGCAGCAAAUGGUGAAAACAUGCCAUAUGCAGGUUGGGUGGAGGUUACUUUCAGAUUGGCCCCAGAAGAAGCACCCACCACCGAAGUUAUUGUUCCAACACUUGUCAUGAAGGGAAACAAGUUGUUUUGUCCCAUUAUUGGCUCAAAUGUUAUUGAUCUCAUCAUAGACAGUGAAGCAGGACACUCCAAUCCAACUGAGAGAGAACGCCUCAGUCACACAGUGAGAGCAGCAUUCCCUGACCUCAAACCAAGUCAAGCACAAGCCUUCGUUGAACAAGUAAGAGUUGAACAAAAUAGAGAGUAUGUUGUGAAGACAAAAAAAGAAAUAAUCAACGUACCCAAACACACAUCUGUAAAAGUCGAGUGCUUUAUUAAUAUGUCUUCACCACCUGAAGAUUUGACUCUCAUCUUUGAGCCAGAUGUGAAUCCCCGUUGGACUGAAGGGCUUCAAUUCUGUGACACUCUUGUAACAGUGGCAAAAGAUAAUAAGCCAUUAAUUACUGUCAGUGUGCAGAACCCCACAGAUCAUGACAUUGUAUUGGCAGGAAAAACUGUGGUCGGAACUGUCCAGCAGAUUCAGGCAGUUUAUCCAGCAUCUAUUUUAGAGGGUUGCCACUCACCUCCUCCCGCCUCAAUGAAUCAUAUCAGAGUUGAUAACAACCAAGCCCCUGACGAUGUAUGGGACCCACCUGUGAAUCUGAGCCACCUCAAUGAACCAGAAAAGAAAGUAGCUCAGCAAAUGUUGAGAGAAGAGUCAGCUUCCUUCUCAAAAACAGACAAUGAUAUUGGCUGCAUUGAGAAACUCCAACUCAGCAUAACUCUAAAAGACACUGAACCUGUUGCAAAAACUUACCUUUCUGUGCCCAGACCUCUAUAUAGGGAGAUGAAAGACUACCUGCAUGAUCUCAUCGCACAAGGCUGGGUGAAAAAGUCCAAUUCACCGUAUGCGUCACCAGUCGUCUGUGUUCGUAAAAAGGACGGAACCCUGAGACUGUGCAUCGACUUCCGUGAGGUGAACAAAAGGACUCUGCCAGAUCGUCAGCCUAUUCCCAGAGUGCAGGACAUCAUGGAUGGCCUUGGAGGAAACUCCUGGUUCUCGCUCUUGGAUCAAGGUAAGGCCUAUCAUCAGGGUUUCAUGGCAAAAGACAGCAGGCCCAUGACAGCUUUUGUGACACCAUGGGGUCUGUAUGAGUGGAUAAGAAUUCCAUUUGGCCUCAUGAAUGCGCCAGCUGCAUUUCAGAGAUGCAUGGAGGAAUGUCUGGAAGGUCUGCGAGAUGAGAUCUGUAUACCAUACCUGGAUGACACCCUUGUUUUCAGCAAAUCGUUUGAGGACCAUGUUGGGGACGUAAGAACAGUUUUGCAGAGAUUGAGACAGUAUGGGAUCAAACUAAAGCCAAGUAAGUGUGAAAUGUUUAAGUGUGAAGUUCGUUACCUUGGACGAAUUGUAUCAGCAGAGGGCAGUAAAAUGGAUCCUGCUGAUACUGUUGCUGUCAGAGCUUUAAAGGAGAAGAAGCCAAAGACUGUAGGGGAGCUGAGAACAGUUAUGGGCCUCCUGAGCUACUACCGACAGUAUAUUAAAAAUUUCUCUCGCAUUGCUGGACCUUUGUAUGCUCUGCUUGAAGGGGGACCUGAAUCGAGUGAACAGCAGGGGAAGAACACAAAGACAUGGAGAGCAAAAGCCAAGCUCAACGCCACAAGCUGCAGAUGGGUUGCUGAACUUGCAGAUUUCCACCUGACCAUCAGAUAUCGCCCCGGCAAAGAAAACUGUGAUGCAGAUGCACUUUCAAGGAUGCCUUGUAACAUAGAAGCUGUGAUUGAACAAUGCACAGAAGAAAUGUCUUCAACCGCAAUACAAGCCACUGUCCAGGCAGUAGAAGUUACAGAUUCAGUGUGGUCUGUGAUGGCUGUGGAAUGUGAAGUCACAGAUGAGAGCUCAUCAACUUCUUUGUCAAGGGAAGCUAUAUCUCAGGCUCAAAAAGAAGAUCCAAAUAUUGGCCCUGUUAUAUGCUGUAAACAGUCUGACAAAAGACCCAUUGGAGCAGAGCUUAAGUCAUUCAGUGUCCAGAGUAAGCGUCUCCUGCGGGAUUGGGACAAGCUCAGCUUAGAUGAGGAUGGAAUAUUACAUCGGAAAACGUCACCAGGAAACAGCUUGUGUUACCAGAAAAGUACAAAAUGA